AUGAACCCUCCAAAUCCCCCGUACGACUAUCCUGCCACUGGUAACGGCGCGCCAAACACGGCUGGCGCAUCCGCCAAUAUGUCCGCCCAAACUCCACAUCCAUCCGCAUCCAUGCCACCCGCAUGGUCAGCGCAAAUGUCAACGUUUCCAGCAAACAACGGCGCGGCGGGAGGCCCUAGUUUCCACCAAUUCUCGGCCUCUACUGCUGCGAUUCUCGAGAGGCUCCAUGGCACGGGCGGCAGUCAUGCCUCUGGCAGCGCUGCAUUCGAGGCGAAGAAGGCGGAGAUCAUGCAAGCCUACGUUACUAGCGACAAGCUGCCAACUCCCCCGCCAGUUCCCAAUAGUGGCAGGAGGGGAAGAGGGGGCAGAGUUGGAACGCCGAGUGCGCUGAAGUCUGAUGCGGGCGCAUCGCCGGCUACGUCUGGGCGAGGGUCUGGAAGAGGGCGCGGACGAGGUGGCAGAGGGCGAGGCGGAAGGCGGGGUGGUAAGAGGAAGCGCUCUGAGGAGAGCGAGGAAGAGGAGAGUGAUGACGAUGACGAGGAUUCCGAUAUCUCAUCUUCGUACACGCCGCUACCCACGCGCACAAAAUCUGGUCGCAACGUGAACAAGCCUGUCUCCUUCGUCCCAACCAUCCCAGAACCAGCUCAGGGGUCCAAGCGGAGGAAGUCGACCAAGACGCUGCUCUCUGCAAAAUGCAAAACAUGUAACCGAGACACGGACCCAACGAAUAACCGCAUCGUCUUUUGCGAUUCCUGCAACACUGCUUACCAUCAGUUCUGCCACAACCCGCCUAUCAGCAGCGAGGUAGUCACUGUGCUGGAGAAGGAGUGGUUGUGCGGACCAUGCCAACGGGUGACGCAGCAUGUCGUGGAAGGAACGGAAGACCUCGUCGCAGCAGAAAACCUCUCGAUAGACCAGAGACGCGCAUACUUUUCAACCCUCCCCCAACACAAGCUCGUUCCCCUUCUCCUAUACGCCACAAUCCGCCACCCAGAGCUCCCCAUCUUCCCCCAAAACGUCAAAGACCUAGUCCCUGAGUCCGCAACACCAAGCAACCACCAACCCCCUCCCCUCGCCCCUCAACGCCUACCCCCGCCGCAUCAGCAACUCCCACAGUACCCACCGCCUAACGGCCACGCGCUGCCCCAACACCACCCCCCAGUCGACCCCACCGAAGCCCAACUCCUCGGCGAAAUCCGCUCCAACCAGCCACGCACCACCAUGGACCUCGCCGGCAACCAGUACGAGGAGGAUGAUGGUUACGACACGGAUCCACCUGCGCAUUACCCCAAGGCAGGACAGGGACUGGCGAGGACGUUGCGUCCUGAGAGUGAGGACCUGAACUGGCUUGUGGAUGACAACUUCGAGGUCUUCAGCCAUGGGUGGAAGGGCGAUGGGAGCGGGAUGGGGGCGGACGGGACGCUGGAUGGUAUGGGCGGGGGCAAGAUGGUUUAG